AUGGAUAACCGCGGUUCUUUCUUCUUCCUCCUGCUGGUUUUCUACCUGCUCCUCAGCUCGCAGUCGCGUCCUCCGUUGAUUGAUGAGGACCGGGAGCGCCAGCGCGAGCUCGACCGAGAGCGACAUGCGCUCCAGCUGUUGAACGAGUCGAAGUAUGGAGACUUCGAUCCACCGGCGGAUCGUUGGCUUCCAUUCGCAGGAGUCCGGCAGAAUGAUAGUUAUGCCUGGGAUCUCUUUCCGAAUGUUCAAAGUCGCGUGCGCCACCAGCUACAAUCCGUUCUCUCGAAUGCCGGCCUCGAGCCUCCGAUAGGUCUGGACGAUUCCUACUCGUCGUCGCCUUUGAACUUGACGAAGCUUUUUCUUCCGGUAUACCGCAAUACUACAGGAAAGCUACGGGGUGAUUGGGUACGACAGAAAGAUGUACAUCGCAGCACACCUCUCAACACUUCUGCUAUCGCCCAUGAACACGAGUACUUCACUCAUGAGUUCAGCUCAAAUAUCACGGGAAAUGGUGGCACUUUUUCCUUUGACCUGGAAGAAGGAGGCGGGGAGGAGCUCCGGCUAGGUGAAAGCCUAGUCCGAGAGAUUAGGGCGAGCUUGACGGUUGAGAGCGAAGACUUCUGGGGCAGUACCUGGUAUCUCUCACUAUUUGGGAUGCACUUUCCAGAAACUGGAUCGAUUAUUCUGAGUACCUCAAGUGAGAAGUUUGGUGGGAUAUUUGCUCUGCCUCACUUUGCGCUUUCUCCUGAUACUUAUGAGUUGUCCCAUCGGCUUUUGCUCAAGUCUCUUUCGGAUACCAUGUUAGAAAGGCAAAACCGCCCUCCUACUUUGUUCCCAUGGUCUUCUUUGGCGGGAUCGGAGCAGAUGGAAUUCCCAGCGCCCAAAUGCGAGCAUAUCAUUUUCCUUCAGCAACAUCCCGUCGUGAUUGAUGGUGCUGUCGCCGACCGGUUGCUACUGGAGCGAAUGGAACGAGAGUUAAGGUACCCUGUGGGCGCACCAUUGCCAGACCCUCCUCUCAUGAUCAUGUCUGCCGUUGUCUUCUCUCCCGACUGCGGGUACAUACUCGAAACCAAGGGGGCACCAGAAUACCCUCCCUCUGAUCCUCUAUAUCUGUCUGGGCCUAAGUACGAGGAAUUCAGUAAAUAUGCAGCUCGUCUCAUAUUCGUGGUUGCAGCUGUCUUUGUUGCACAGAUCACUCUUCUCUUGCGCCAGGUUAAAGAGGCUUCGACUCCUUCGACCCGAAGUCGCGUCAGUUUCUACACCAUCGCAUUGAUGGCGCUGGGAGAUGCCUUCGUCCUAACUUUCAUCAUUUUGGAGCUUUACGCAGCGGUUUCCUUCUUGGUUCUGGCAACCGCUUCAUUCUUGGCUUUCCUCUCCGUCAGUUACAUUGGCAUGAAAUUCAUGAUGGAGAUCUGGGCUGUGCAGGAGCCGGAGCGACGCGAAGAACAGCCCGUCGAACCCCCGGCUUCCACCACUCGUCCGGGAACUCUUCCUUUGCCUGCCACUGCAGCGGUCCAGGAUUCUGGCGCCACGCCUAUCAUUCUGACACCCGAUCAAGACCCUCCGGACGAUGACCUAGAACCACCACCGACUACCAACCGCACUGGGGCUCCAACCCCCAGGCAAAUGCGUAGCGAUGUUGGUGCCAUGUAUGCGCGCUUCUAUCUCGCAUUAUUCGGAAUGCUCAUUCUAUCUAUUUGGGCCGUUCUCCUGCCCAGGCGCUUGGGAGGGAUCUAUGCACGCGUAUUGUCAGCGAUUUACCUCUCAUUCUGGGUGCCACAGAUCCACCGCAACGUGAUGCGGAACUGCCGCAAAGCACUGCGUUGGGACUUCGUCGUCGGCCAAAGCAUCCUCCGGUUAUUCCCAUUUCUGUACUUCCUCACAGCUCGAGGGAACGUUUUGUUUAUUCGACCUGACUGGACCACCGCUUUUGCAAUGGCCGGUUGGAUGUGGAUUCAAGCUUGGGUACUAGCCAGCCAGGACAUCCUGGGCCCGCGGUUCUUCAUUCCGCGGGGCUGGGCGCCUCCUGCAUACGACUACCAUCCAACCCUGCGUGAUGCUCCUGGGCCGGACGACGACCUCGAGGCUGGAGGCUCUCUAUCCAUUGCAUCUCUUCGGGGCGAUGAGCGGGAUCUGGUUAGUGAUUCCAAGGAUGACGAUAAGCAGCGGGAUCGGGACCGAAAGAGAGUUAUGUUCGACUGUGCUAUCUGCAUGCAGGAUAUCGAGGUUCCUGUUCUCCCCGCGCUCACUUCUGCGGGCGGAAGUGUGACCGAUGGGGCUGCGAGCAUUCUGAGUCGUCGGCAGUACAUGGUGACUCCUUGCCGGCACAUCUUCCAUACUGCCUGUCUUGAGAGCUGGAUGAGGCUUCGCCUUCAGUGCCCGAUCUGUCGUGAAUCGAUACCUCCUGUAUAG